CGCUGGUCCCCUGGACAACCCGAAGCAGGGGCGCAUGAGCCUUGCGAGCCGCAGCCACAAAGGGGCUCGAGCUUGUGGGUGGCCGCUGCGCUUGGCCCGCGCCGCCCCCCGGCCCCAGCCAUGGGCUGCGCCUCGGCCAAACCGGGGGGCGCGGGGCCCGCCAAGCCGACCCAGGGCUCGGAGGGAGGCAAGGCAGGGAAGCCGGGGGAGCUGCGGCUUCUCGAGGAGUAUUCGGUCGGGCAGACGUUGGGGGAGGGUGCAUUCGGCGUCGUCUCCAACUGCAAACACCGCACAACCGGGGUCGAGUACGCAGUGAAGAUGGUCGACAAGGUUGAGACGCCGGUGGACCAGAUCAAAAAGGAGGCGGCCAUGCUCGAGAGCCUGAACCACCAAAACAUAGUGAAAGUCCACGGCGUCUACUACGAGAGGUGUUUCGUCUGUAUCGUCAUGGACAAGUACAGCGGCGGGGACCUCGUAGAGGGCCUGCAGAAGCACCUGAAAGAGCGGGGCCAGAUCAACUGCCACCACGUCGUGCACGUGUCGCGGCAGAUGGGCGCCAGCGUCCAGUACCUGCACAGCAAGCUGACCGUCCACCGCGACAGCUCGGGCGACAAUUAUCUCAUGGACCGAAGAGACAUGACGGACCCAGACUGCAAGGUGGUGCUCACCGACUUCGGCACCGCCUGCAACGUGACCGCCGACGAGCGGCUCAGCGCCGCCGUCGGCACCAAGAUCUUCUGGGCGCCAGAGUUCUUCGACAAGAACUACGGCAUGAAGGUCGACGUGUGGGCCAUGGGCGUCAUCAUGUACGGCUUGGUGAGCGGCCGCUUCCCCUUCAGGGACGAGGCCGACAUCCGCGCGAAGGAGCUGAAGAUCCCAAAGCGGGUCCACCAGCUCUGCGAGGACUUCAUCAAGAAGAUACUCGAGAAGAAGGAGGCGGCCCGUCUCUCCGCGGACCAGGUGAUGGCGCACGGCUGGGUCGACCCGGGCAACGGCAAGCGCUCGAGCUCGAGCAGGGCGGCCGUCGAUGCGGGGGACGACGAGGGCCCGACCCAGGACAUGAGAGUCGAGGACGCGAACGACGGCAUCAAGGAGAGGAGGCAGGAGUUGAUCAACCGGCUCAACAAGGAGCACGACAUCCUCGGCGGCAAGAAGGGGACCUCGAGCCAGGGCAGGGAGAAGCAGUCGAGUCACGCCGAGGGCAGCAAGUUCACCCUCAAGGACAAGGCGAACAACCGCAUGGUCUACGAGUGGUUCGACAAGGCGAGGCAGAAGGCCAGCAACGUCUCCGACACCGAGGGCAAGGCGCCUUCCGAGUCGCUGCUGAAAGAGAGCGGCACCGAUCACAAGAUGUUCUCCCAGAUGCUGGAGGAUCACAACAUCAAGACCAGCGCCUUCGGAACGGGCAAGGCAAAGACCCUGCCCGAGCUGGUGGCGGAGGUCGACGGCGGGGCCGCGCGGCUCAUGCUCGACGCCACUGAGCACAAGAAGCUGGUGCGCGUUUGCGACCUCGUGGUUCUCAUUCUUAAAGACGCAAGCGGCGAACGCAUCCUUAUCGAGACGGAAGAGCAGUUCGAAGACGGCCGCAAACGGGUCACCAACCGGUUGCCAGGCACAAAGAAGGAGCCCUAUGAGAACACGCGGCAGGUCUCAGAGAGGAUCUUAAAGGAGUUCCUCAAACUCGAUCCGAAGGGCAUAACGCUUGAUCUGAAUAGGAUCGAACGGGUGGAGGAGGAGAUCGAGUCUAUUUCUUAUCCAGGCGUCACGUCAGUCUACCGCAAGGAGCUGGUGGAGGGCGUAUUCUCCAUGACGGACGCGGCCGCCCUUGCCACGGUCGGGCUGCCCUCCUUCGGCUCCUGGGAUGCCACUGAUGCUAAGGGUAACACCAAGAUCUUUAACUGGAUGACCAGCAAGCAGUGUGAGGAGAAGCAGAUCAAGCUUCAGCCGAAGACCCAGGAGGUUUCGACGCUGGUGCGGGCGCCCAUCGGCCUCAACGAGGAGGCACUUCGCAGGCACCUCACCAACUGCGGCGUCGAUGUCAGCAAGUUCGGUGGCCCCGACACGAAGACUUUGAAGGAGUUCUCCGCAGAGCUUAUCAAGGGGGAGUCCACGCUGACGGAGGACUCCUCUGGCAACGUUCUGCGUGUUGUGGACAUCGUAGUGCUGCUCAUCUCGAGAAAGGAGGGCAGCGAGCUGCUGGUGCAGACCGAGCAGAUCAGCGCGGCGGGCACCAGGACCACGCUGAACCGGCUCCCUGGCGCGAAACGCCGCCCAGACGAGAACCAGUUCCUUAGCGCCCGCCGGAUCAUCAAGAGGCAGCUCGAGAUCGACGAGAACAUGGUGUUCCUGGACAGGUCGGUCCAAAGCAUCGAGGAGGUGAAGCACGCCCCCGCCUACCCUGGCCUCAAGACUGUCUACCGCAAGCGGCUCGUCAGCGGCGCCCUGCAGAUGAGGUGAGGCGCCACGCCGCCCCCCGUCCGCGGCGCGCAGAAGGGGGCGGCGUGAGGGGGGCGGCCGUCCAAGCAGGCGGGGGGCCUGUCGAAAGCCCUCCUGCCUUCUAAGGGGUCUUCUUACGGCCUCCGAUCCCUGCCGGGGGCGCCGCGCCCGCCGCCCUGGCCCCCUCGCGCACGCCGCGGGGCCCAGCCGCUCUCCCUUGUGCCGCCCCCCCCCCGAUUCACUGCUGCCCCUGCCGCCCCGGCUUUGCCUGCGCCUGACCCCCCGGCGAUGACCGGUCGGCGCGCCGCGCGCCCUGUGGCGCUAAA